UCAUUUACAUGACGAUUACAUGUUUCCAUGACGACCGCAUAUUGUUCGGAAAGGCCUCAGGCAAUUUUCUUUAAAUUACCUCUUCACUCCUCAAACUUGCUAUAUAAUUGUAGCACGCAUGGAGGUGAAACUUGGCGCGCAUGUGUAUUACAUCGUUUCCAUGACGACCACAACAACAAAUAGCCUCAGGCACUUUUCUUAAAAAUUACUUCUUCACUCCUCAAACACGCUAACUAUAGCACGCAUGGAGGUGAAACUUGGAGCGCAUGUGUGUAACAUUGUUUCCAUGACGACCACAACAACAAAUAGCCUCAGGCACUUUUCUUUAAAAUUUCUUCUUCACUCCUCAAACUUGCUAACAGCAGCACACAUGGAGAUGAAACAUGGUAUGCACAUCGUUUCCAUGAUGACAACAGGCAUUUUUUCUCUAGUAGUUUAAUUUUUGUAGGGGGCUUGCCCCAUUCCACUGAGAUAAUACGUAAAA